ACUGUGUGGAUCCAUUCAACACAAUCUCAUCAGUCAUACUAAGAUGCAUGGGUUUGUUAUGCAUAUUUUUUUCCAUAUUGCGUUACAUGCGUAAAAAAAGAUGGUGAGACUGUUUUGUGCAACACUCGGCUGAGCUGUGUUGUGAAAACAGGAAGCACAAACUGCUGCCUGCACUCCCCUGACAUCAGGAGGAGGUUGACAGUCUGAGAGUAGCUGUCAGUUUGUCGCAGGUCUGCCUGUUUCAACAAGGCCCUCUCGCCUGAAAGACAGGAAGGCAGAACAGGAUCCUUUGAGAAUGUCAAGCUCUCUGGUUGUGUGUGAAGUGGAUGAAAGUCUGAAAGCUAAACUGAAAAAGUUUAGAUUUCGAAAAGAGACCAACAAUGCUGCCAUACUAAUGAAAAUAGACAUGGAGAAACAGCUUGUUAUCCUUGAAGAGGAAUAUGAGGACAUCUCCCUGGAUGAGUUGAGAGAUGCACUCCCAGAGCGGCAACCCAGGUUCAUGGUCUACAGCUACAAAUAUGUCCAUGACGAUGGAAGGGUGUCUUACCCUCUGUGUUUCAUAUUCUCCAGUCCAAUGGGAUGUAAGCCAUCGCAACAGAUGAUGUAUGCCGGCAGCAAGACUCGACUGGUGCAAGCUGCAGAGCUCACAAAGGUCUUUGAAACAAGAAAUGCUGAUGACUUGACGGAAGAAUGGCUGAAGAACCAGUUGGGAUUUUUUGGCUGAAUGUGCAAUACUAUCAGUCUGUUUCUUUGUGAAACAUGGCCGUUGAUCGUAAUUUUCAAUUGCUGUGCAUGUUAUUAUUAAAUGACUUACUGUAUGAAAGGAAGUUUUGAUUUGUCAGUUUUACAUUAACAAUUGUAGACGUGAAUAAUCCCCUAUUUUGUCUAAGAAAUGUCUGAACCGACUACACAAAUCAAAUACUAAUUUUUAAAUGGAGCACAGACGAGUCCUUUACUUCUUUGGGCGGAUUAUAAAAUAAACAGUUACAUUCAUGAGAUUACUUACAGGUUCCCUAAAUCCAUUAAAGAGAGAAAAACAACAACCUGUGAACACCGUUUCUUACAAAAUGUCACCUGCAUUUUAUUAUCACUUUUAAAGCCGUAACACAAAGACAAGUCAAAAGCCGAGAGACAUUUUUACAUGAUCCUGUGAUCCAUGAUCUGACGGACAAAACAAUAUGAAUGGUGGACAAAUGGCUACAGGUGCGAAAGUUGAAUCUACAGUUAAAAACAGGAUUGAAGAGAGAUGUCCCCAGUCCAAAAACAAUGAGCAUCUCCCACACAAAUUUAAUUUGACAUUUGCAAUUAUCAAGAAACUACAUCCCCAGACUGAGCUAAUACCAAGGUCAGUGACAGCGCAACACUGCCGUGUUUGAAUGUAAAGGUAAGAAAGGUGUCCGUACUACAGAUUCUAUUCACUGUCACUGUCACCACUGGAAUCUGAGCCUCUCUCACUUCCACUCCCACUCUGGGCCCGGGUCUCCGAGUGGUCACUGCUGCGCUCACUGUGUGCUGGAGAGGCGCUGCGACUCCUGCUGCCUCCUCUGUUCCCUCUCUCAUCCUCACUUCCGCUGCCCUCCUCCCCGCUGGCUCCGGAGUUCUUGUUGUUGUCGCUGUCGUUUUCGUCGUCGCUGCCGAAGAUCUCCUCCUCGUCUCGCAUCUCUCUGGUCCUAUCCUCGCCGCUCUCACUCCCGCUGCCGCUCGCCUUCCUCUUCCGCUUCUCUGGGGCCGCCGCCGCCACCGCCUCCUCUUCUCCCUCCUCUGGCUUCUGUUCGCGCUCUUCGUCUUCCCUCUCGGAUUCACUGCCGGAGUUCUCUGCCUCGCUGCCGCUGCCCUUCUCUUUAUCAUCACCUGGAGAAGACAAUUCAAAUAUCACAGACAGAAAUAGAAACUGACAAAAAAAAAAAAAAACUGUCGUCAUUUCGCAGACCUACUCUUACUACAGUGCAGCAGGUGGCCGAAUAAGUACGAACACUGUGAUGAGGAAUGAACAUGUAGAGAAUAGAAGAAAACUGACCAGAGUCCUGCAGGUCCUUAUCCAAGUCUUCCUCUUCAUCUUCUGGCUCAUGGUUCUCCAGCUGAGCUUUACGUGCAUCCUAAGAAUCACAAUGACAGAGAAUCAGCCUUCAGUACACUACUGUUCAAUAAGCUAAGCUUAGAGGUAAUGCUGGAACAGCUCCAGUCAUUAGUUUAGAUGAUGUUAGGAUUGUUAAAAACUAAAAACAGACAAAUACAGCCUCCAUGGCAAUUAAUCUAAAUAUUACUUUGUUUAGAUAAUGUUGAAAAACCAAAUUAAUGUAAUUAAUAUUAGGUUAAGUCUAUUUCCUUACGUUUGUGGUUUUGAAAUAAAUGUGGAGGUAUUGAACGAAAAAGUACACUUUAAUUAAAUAAGACAAAUAAUUUAAAUAAAAAGUUUUCCUUCCAAUAACACAGCACUGUCACAAUAAGUGCCAGAAAUACCUUUUAAUAAAAGAAAAGAAAAAAACAAAGUGUUCAGUCUAACAUCAAGAAAAUCAGUGAAGUAGAAAGUACUCUUACCUGGGCUUCGAGUUCCUUCUCGUUCAUGUCUCUGUGCUUACACACCAGCACUGCGUUAGUGGUCGACUGUGCUCCAGCCUUGGCUCUCCUCUUGCUCAGACGCACCCUAUAGGACAGAAGAAAGGCUGUAAGAGGACAAGGCCUAACAGUUUCUCAUCAAACCCCCAUUAAUCAGGGUCGUGGCGCUGUUCAUUUUGUGCCUUUAUCUAUCAACUUACAACAAACUCCAUAAAACAUCUACAUUUGCAGUCGAUAACACAGCAGCUGCAUAUCUUUCAUGUUGAUGUGCACCAACAAAACAAGUGUCUUGUCUGAUCAAUGACUCACCGUGUCUCAAGCUCAUUGUAGUAAACACCAUCUCCAUCUCUGAAGAUGAAGAAGUAGUUCUCCUCAUAACCCUUGCUGGCUUUGUUCUUGACAUUCCAGUUGUACUCCCUGGCUAUCUUGUAAUCAUACCUGCAAAAACAGAAAAUAAAAAGCAUUAUUAUUACUUCCUGGUGUACAAGCAAAGCAGAGCAACAAAGUGAUUUUCAAAUGUAUGAUUUUCUUCAUAUAGUAUUUUCACGUACAAGUCCUCAGGCAUAUAAUCCAUCCCCUCAUCGCUGUCUCUCUUCCGCUUGCGGAUUGUCUCUUCAUGGGGCAGGAAGUAAGCCACGAACUGAUUUCCUUCCUCAUCCAUCAUACCUCUGUAAUGAAGAGACAUGAAACAUAAUUAGUGUUGAUGCAAAAAUCUUACUCUUUAAACAGACAUCCAGGCAACAGAUAUUUUCUAAAUACCUGAUCAUGGCCUGAGACAUCAUUUCCACUCCUUGUGGAGCUGUAUGGUCUUUAGGUGCAGGAUCAGAGUCAAAGAUGACCUGAGCACAUGGGUUGAUCCACAUCUGCAGAAAGAGACCAAAAUGUACGAAAUGUAGUUAUUUAAAUCAUGUACAUUUUCUUGUCUUUUAUUGUGAAGGGUUACAUAUUUUUCCCUCCCAGCACUUCUCCUGCUACGGUGCCUGUGACAUUUAAUUUGAAAUCAUCCACAGAGACUCAAAGUGAGAGUGAAAUUAUAGCUCACCUUGAAGUCGGGGAACACAGGUAGGACCUCCACAGGAGUAACUCUGGGUUUACUGUAGUGCUGUGCAAUCUGGAGAGAAACCACAACAUGUUUACAAACCAUAGCACAUUCUUUUUAAGCCAAAAAUACUUCUGCAUUUUGGGUCAAUGUGCUGACUUGCAUCCGACAGCUGGGCAUUACAAACAGUCCUCCACUUCUGCAGAGCUCACUCACCGCUUUCUGUGCAUCCUCAAAUGUUUUCUCAAUAGCAGAAAUCUGGCUGUCUCUGUCCUUGUAGAUUUCUUCUUCUGUAAACUGCUGUUUGACAGAUACACCAAUCCUAAAAGCAAAACAUAUUUAGAUUAUAUACACACAAAACCAUUCGGUCAUUUCAACGUGAACACAUUUCGUCAACUUACUUGACUUCCACUUUCUCGUUGGAAACGCCGUAUCUGUUGAACUCCGUUGAAAUAUAUUCCGUCUUUCU